GGAUAGCCGAUAGCCGAUAGCCUUAGCCAUUAUAACCACUCUACCUUGCAAAAGUAUUCGAACGGUUACUCUUAAUUGUUGGCUGAGCGAUAGACAUAACCCUUUUCAACAACUUUGGACAAAUAAACCCAUUUUUAAACAAAAAUGUCGAGUUUAUUUUUGCGAUCGCUCGUUUUUGCGCCACAGCUCAUCAGAACUACGUCAUUCCAGUAUCGAAAUAUUCAUUCAAGCAAAAUAUUAUGUCAAUUGCUGCCAAAUAAAUCUCAUCGACCAAUAACAACUGCAAAAAAGUCUCCUAUUACUUGGAAGACCCUAGCUUCUACAUUUGUAAUAGGUGGUGGAUUUAUAAUGUAUAUGUAUUAUUUGAAAGAGCAAAAGGAUCUCAAAAUUGAAAAGGACCGUAGACGUCAAAUUGGAAAAGCAGCUAUUGGGGGUACAUUUGAAUUGGUUGAUCCUCAAGGCAAGACAGUCAAGUCAAGUGAUUUUCUUGGUAAAUGGGUAAUGAUAUACUUUGGCUUUACUCAUUGUCCAGAUGUAUGCCCAGAUGAACUUGAAAAAUUAGCUCUUGUGGUUGAUAAGCUUGAAAAGGAGCACCAGCUGCAAGUUCAACCAAUAUUUAUUACUGUUGAUCCACAAAGAGAUAGUCCAUCUGCUGUGGGAAGAUAUGUGAAAGAAUUUUCAAACAAAAUUCUUGGAUUAUCUGGUUCAAUUGAACAAAUUGCCCAAGUUUGCAAAGCUUACAGAGUAUAUUUUAGUUCGGGGCCAAAAGAUCAAGAUGAAGAUUAUAUCGUGGAUCAUACAAUAAUAAUAUAUCUUGUUGAUCCUGAGGGUAGUUUUGUUGAUUAUUAUGGGCAAACACACGAUGCUGAAAAAAUAGUCAAUAGUGUUCUACUCAACAAAAUCAAACAUGAUAAAUUGUAUGGAGGAGACUGGUUUCCUUCUAUUAGUUUAAAAGGUCUUACCCAACCUUCAUAACUUAUAAGAUCAUGAUUAAUAUAUUUUUAAGUAGUCUAUAACUUAAUGCAUAAGUGUAAAUAAAGAUAACACAUUUUUGUUAAAAACAUUUCUCCAAUUUACAAUGAAAAUCUAAA